AUGGCCUCAAGGUUACUGCGGGUGAGCGCGGCUCUGCGGCUGCUGCCCGCCGCCUCCGCCCGCGCCGCGCCAGCCCGCUGCCUCGCCGUCCCCGGCGGCCUCGCCAGCGAUGAGGAGCAGGCGACGGGGCUGGAACGGAAGGUGCUGGAGGCCAUGAACAAGGGCCUGGACCCCUACAGCAUGUUCCGGCCGAAGCGCUACGCGGGGACCAAGGAGGACCCCAACCUCGUCCCCUCCAUCAGCAACAAGCGCAUCGUGGGCUGCGUCUGCGAAGAGGACAACAGCUGCGUCGUCUGGUUCUGGCUGCACCAGGGGGAGGCCCAGCGCUGCCCCUCCUGCGGUGCCCACUACAAGCUCAUCCCCCACCAGCUGCCCCACUGAGGGCCCCCCCCCCCCCCCCCCAUAGCACCCCGUGGGUCACGCUGACCCCCCACCCCCCCCCCAGCACCCACUGGGGGGCCCGUGGGUCACGCCGACCCCCUCCUCAGCACCCACUGGGGGGCUUCUGGGCUGAGCUGAGCGCCCCCCCCCACCGUGUGUGCCCCCCCAUAUAAAGAGUUUGUGUGUGGA